AUGUAUAUGUUCGAGGGGAUGCUAGAAGUUGUUGCAAGGGUACUGGAGUUUUUGUUCUUCCAUAAAAUCUGCAGACUGAUUGACACUAGUUUAAAAAAAACUGUACAGCGCGUGAGCAAAUCAAAGAUUCCUACUCCAUCUGGACAUGCACUUGAUGGAAAAAUUGUUCGUUUGUUUUAUGAUGAUACUUUCAAAUCUUACUUUAGGAGAUUGACGUAUUCGCCAGAUGGUAUGCUUCUUUUAGUACCUUCAGGCAUUAUAGAACAUCAAGAAUCGGCAGAAAAAAUUGUCAACUGUAUACAUAUAUUUUCCAGACAUACUCUACGAGAACCCAUAGCUGUUCUUCCUUCUCAUGAAGAAGUGACAAAUGCUGUCAGAUGCUGUCCUAUGUAUUUCAAAUUACGAAAAGAAGGUCCUUCCUCUAUGAUGGAUUUACCAUACAGGAUGGUAUUUGCCGUUGCAACAGAUAAAUCUGUUAUGAUAUACGAUACUCAGCAAAUUUCACCCAUUGCAGUCAUUUCCAAUAUUCAUUACACUCGGGUGACAGACAUUGCUUGGUCUUCUGAUGGAAGAAUACUAAUUGCUUCAUCUUCCGACGGUUACUGUUCAAUAAUUCAUUUUGAUGAAGGAGAACUGGGAGAAACUUACGAAAAAGCUCCAGAAAUCGUAGAGCCAAAGAAAAAUGAAGUUAGACAAGAUACAAAAGAAACAAAAUCAUUGUUGGAUACAACUUUAGAUCAAAGUACAAAUGCCAUUGAUAUUGAUAUUUCUCAGGAAAAAUCCAAGGAAAUUUUAAGCAGCGAAAAAGAAAUGCAAUCUCCUAAGGAGAACAAUACUGGAAAAAAAAUAACACCUCUAAAAGAGAACAAAAACGAUACAGAAAUGAAAUCUCCCAAGAAAAAUGAAGAAGAAAAGAUAAGUGCUUCAGAAAUCAAACAGAAAGAAAACAAUGAUAAUACCAAUAAUGCAUCUGCAGAUGAUGAGGAUGAUUUUCAUUUAGUGUUGGAAGACACCAUCACGGAUACUGAUAAAUUGAAAGCCACUCCACCCAAGACUAAAGAAUCAGAAAAGCCGGCGACGCCCAUUGCGGCAAGGACACCUCGGAGGGUAUCUCUGAUAACUCUCUCGAGUCCAAAGGGGAAAAAGUUGUAACUCUCGCGUGUAAAUUAUGUAUGUAUAAUAUUUU